UGUCAGCAGGACAUUUUGAACCGGAGCCUGGCAAAGGGCUUUCCAUGCGCUGGUUGCAUGCAUGACCAAGGAGGGUCGAUCAGUCCCGCGCGACGGUGGAAGCAGUGGUUCCGUUAUUGUCGAAGAAGAUGCUUCCAAGACCAGUUUCUGUGCCGCUCAUGCAACUGGCAGCCGAGAGCAUGGAGUGCUCUUUGUUGUGAUCAUUGCCGUAGCUGCUUGUAUAUAUUUAGCUACCAGACCAAGCUUUUGCACUGCAGAGGAGGGACGGUGUAGCACCUCACCAUGUUCCUGUGCAGACGAAUCCCAUGCUGUUCGAGCGCUUGCAACUCCAGAGGGAGAUGUUUGCUGGCAAUGCGUGGCAUUUUGCCCCAGUGGAAACGAGCCUCAAGAGUGCCGGCAAGGCCACUGUGAAUGCUCAGAUGCUUCGCAGGAGCGCGUUUUGUGGAACAGCAGCUCCGUGGAAGAUCCCUGCUGGCGGUGCACAUACUCCCCCAUCAUAUCUCUGCGGUCUCAGGAGGCUUCGGCGAGCUCGUGCCUGGUGCGUGCUCCCAGGUCCAAACUUCUCACGCUUCGGGGCGUGAGUUUGGAGCAGUUGCUCCGCUUGGUGCUGGUCUCCGAGGAGUCUGACGCAGCAUCGUGUGCGUCUUUUGUACGGGAAGGCAUGAUUUUGCGGGAGAAGAACACCAGCCUGUGCUUGAGCAGGAGCUCCUCAGGUAGCUUGUGGGGACUUGGCAAAUGCGCACCCACCACCUCGCAGGAGGCACAAGCUCAAUCCUUGGCUGAAGUGCAUCGAGACGGUGAGAAGGUCUACUGCCUUACAGAUGCAGGCGUUGAGUCGUGUGUACAAGUCCGAGGGCAUGUCUGUUCCUCGCGAGCUGGUACCUGCACGCCGACGGCUUGUGAUUGCGAGGAGUAUGGCUGGAUGAAGACGGAGGCAAUUUUGGCAGACGGAAGAUCAUGCUGGUCCUGUUCUCCUCCAGCCACGCGCCUUUGCUCCACAGAUCCGCGGGUUUGCACGGCGAGCCCCUGUGAGUGCGAGGAUGCGGGGCACGACAAGGUGUCUCGUUUUAUAGAUAGCAACAGCAGCACGUGCUGGUCUUGCCAGCCACAAGGCCACACCAGCAUGUUCGAGUCGUCCUUGGUCGGCUCAGUGGGCAUUCUCCUUUGCUGCCUGUCUGUGGCAGUUCUGAUGAGGAGACUUGACCCGAUCAAAAACUCCCAGGCAAGUUCGAUGUCCUGGAGCGCGGGCUUGCUAUUGGAGCUGGAAGAGAUUCGGGCCACAGUGGAGGACGCCUUGGUCUGCGUGGAGCACGCUAUUUCAACAGCACUGCCUUUCAGCUGGAAGCGACAGACAUCUGCAGUGUCGGCGUCUGUCUGUGACGAAGGCAAACACGGUGAAGUCCAGGCAUCCCAAGAGGGCACAGAGGCUGAAGCUUCACUCGACGCAAUUAGUGACGAUGCAGUGGCAGACGUGCUCGAGUCUUUCAAGGCAAAUGCCUCUCAAGACGAGCCAGAUGUGCAGGUGAGGAAGCGGCGGAAACCCAAAAAGGCCAAAGAUGCCAAGGUCGAAGAGGAGACCGCGCAACAAGACUCUGGGCAGCUUGCCUGGGAUUUGCUGGGCCUACACGACCAGGUUGAGAAAGAAUCAGGUGUGCCGCACGGGCGCUGCUUGUUGCUUGCGCAGCUUCCAGCCGAUGCAAGCUUGACUUCCAAAAGGCUCAUAGCCCAUGCAAGCUUGGCGGAUGCCUGGGAUCCAGUGGGCAUUGUCAGACAGUCCCAAGGUGCACUGGAAUUGGGCCGGGUGGUCCUUUUGGCUGCGCCGAGUUGGCGAAAAGGCACUGCGCGCGCACCUCGAAUUCUGGCAGCUCUGCGUCUACUCUGGGAGCAGGACUCGCUUCCUAGGAAGCUGGGGAGUGCGGAGGUAUCUGUGCCGGAGUUUGGGAAUGAGAAAGAAGAGGCGAAUGCAAAGGAGAAAGAAGAGAAGGAGCCAAAGGAAGAGAAGAAAGACAAGAGAACGAAAGGCAAGAAAGAGAAGAAAGAGAAAGAAGAGAAGUCAGAGAAGGCGAACAAGGCAGAGAAGAAAGAUAAGGAGAAGGAGGAGAAAGGGGAGAAGCAGGAGAAGAAGAAGGAGAACGUGGAGAAGGAGGAGAAGGAGGAGACAGAGGAGACAAAGGAGGCGGAAGAGAAAGAGGAGAAGGUGGAGAACGUGGAAAAGGUGCAGAACGAGGAGAAGGAGGAGGCGAAGGAAGAGGCAAAGGAAGAGGCAAAGGAAGAGGCGGAGGAAGAGGUGAAGGAAGAGAAGGAAGAGAAGGAAGAGAAGGAAGAGACGGAGGAGGAGAAGGAACAGGAGGAAGAGGAGAUGGAAAAGAAGGAUGAGGAAGAGGCAAAGGAAGAGUCGAAGGAAGAGGCGCAGAACGAGGAGGAGAAGGAAGAUGAUAAGGAAGAGACGGAAGACACAAUGGAUGAUGACGCGGAGAAAAAAGAGACUCAGGAAGGAGAUAAAGAAGAGGAGAGAGGAAAGAAAGAAGAGGAGGGAGAUGAAGAGAAGGAUGAGGAGACAACUGAGGCAGCUGAUGAGACCAGCGACGGUAGCCCCAAGCAAACCUUUGGAGGCCUGCCCCUGGACAAGGCCUUGAACGAGCUGCAGGUGGAGCUGCCCCAGUCGAUCAUCAAGGUGCAGCGCACCUUCAUUGAAGUUGAGGAGGAGAAUCCGUUGGCCUCCAGGCUCAAGAAGUCCGUCAGUUGCGGUGAUGUUCCUUUGCUGACGUGAGGCGUAUGCUUCCGAAUUGCAAAUCUCUUGCGCACCUCUGCUCCCCUUUCGCACUUUCUUGAUCUUGUGCGAACCCAAAGCGGCACGACCUUGUUGCGCGCAGAUCUUGACGCGGAGCUUGGGACAAGUCUGCAUGCGUGUAGGUGGUUUCCAUCUUUUAGACCAGAGAUGUUAUGUAGCUGACCAACUGAAACUCAGGCUCAUUCAAGACAAGGUGUGUGAGUUUGUGAUUAGAGGCUGAAUUGUCGAGUUCAGGUGGGAUAUACCAGAAUCAGCUUUAUUGCUGUCCCUGGUACGUAAUUUUGUCCAUGCCGGCAGAUGCUCAGCCGGCUGACAAGCUGGCAGGAGAAAAUUGCCAGCGAUCAAACUCGCCAUGUGCUGCCCAACAGCAGGAAAUGAAUGUUUGAGGCCGUAAAACAGGCCCAUUCAGCUCUAUUUUGACUCCUGGGUGUCGCGGCGCAGUCGUUCUUUCCCAAAACUCUUGUCUAUUCGAUCACGCCGCUGACCUCAUAGGUGCAAAGGCGGGCAGAGAUGGUGCAGUGUGAACUGAGUUCCCUCUGCACCAUCGCUGUGUUCGUACCGCAACUACUUUUUAAGCCGGCUUUCAUUGGUCAUUCUGGCACCGUGCCAAGGGCCAGAUCUUCUCCAGC